GUCUUUUUUUUCUUCUUCUUCUUUGUUUCGGUUGAUGAGAUAUUCAUUUUGCUGUUAAUUCGUACGAUGUUUUAACGGAGAUAGCGACACAGAAUUUCUAUGGACCCUGGAUAGAGUUUUACGUAAAGACAACCGCGGAACACAGAGGGAGACAAGUACUAGAAGACGGCUAAAAUUUUCAGCGCUGCCUUUGCCCUCUCUACCUCUUUGGGAGAGAGAUACCCAAGCAGGUUCACAAGUUCCGCAAUCCAUGAUCCAGUAGUCCAGUCCUAAUAGUUUUCACCCUUAUUUUAUUCAUCUUGAACUUGAGAUAUUUGAAAAAACAUAUAACUUCUUUGUUAUCAUUAUCGCUUACUGAAAAACACAUUCAUGUAAUUAUAAUUCGUGAAAAUUGCAUUUUCAUUAUUCAUAUUUUUCCUUCAGCGCGCUGUCUUUGAAAUGGAAAUUAAAAGCUGCCUCUUUACAAUUCGACAAGAAAAUGUCAAUAAACAUAGCUUGGUCUGUCAAAGGAAAGGAAACUGCAAUUUCAGGCUAAAGUAUUAAAAACAUAUUGCCCUAACUAAAUCAACUGUCUGGUGAAAUCUGGCAAAGCCAAAACACUCACAGCUGAAAAUGUUUUUAUUUCCUUUCACAGAGUCACACUUAAAUAAAAGUGGGAAUUUAAUUAUCGAAAAUUCCUGGGAAUUUUACGGGGACUGAAACACUUGGCAAUUUUUUCACAUUUAAUAUUCACGCUUCCUUUUGCAGUAAGCAUUUGUAAAUUCAACGUUUAAGACAUUUCAGUUUUUGACAGACCUUGUAGAACAAGCUCACUCAAUUAGUUCAAAAAAAGCUGAAUACUGAGAGAUUUGGAGUUUUAAGAUCGACGAACAAGAGCCAUAUUAAUUGUCGGGGGGUCUGUUUUGAGUUGCUUACCCACAUAAAUUAGCAUAAACAAUUUGGUGCUCACAGUUCGUACUUGGCACAAAACCUCCCGCUAAUAAAUCGUGAUCAAUUUGAGGUCUGCAUGGUUUCGUAUCAUUUUUGCUGAAGCUGACACCUGUUUUAUAUAUUUCAAGGCUGAUUUGGCUUUUUUUUAGGCUCUCGGCAAUCCGCUUUUUUCGCAAGAGAAGAGGAAAGCUUUUAAAAAGAAAUUAUCUAGUUUAAAUUUGUUUGGAAAGUCAUUAUUUAAAACAGUACGAAUCCGAGCGCCAGGUUUAAAGACAACUUUUCAAUAAAACGAAGAAGUCGACAGGCAAUUUAAUGUAAUCCCGUUCGUUUGCAAAUUUUAAGGCGGUUUUACACAAACCUACGCUGACAGAUGUAAAAACAGACCUGUUUAUAGAUGACUUCGUAAACAGACGAGCUAAUGAAAGUAGUGGGCAGGCAGCACAAUAGCAAACAAGGAAGCAAAGGUUGUUAGAGACACCGCCUUGACGGAUGUCACGAGAAAUAAGCGGAUGCAUGGCGUUGCCUGAGGAUCAAGCUUUCAAGAAAGAAAAUAGACAACAAUCUUUCCCUUUUUGGUGUCUUUACUUUGGUGUCCCAAUACAGCGGUGUUUACUCGUUUUACGAAAAAACCGGCGACCCUUUCGUUUGUUAAAUUGAAGAAAAAAGCAACUGGACUUUGCGUGACAUAGCUGCAAUGGAUGCAAACUUUAAAGGGUUUCCUUCACGCCAUUGUCGAAGAAACGUCUUCCGAGGUGUUAUAGUAAACUUUGCUCUCUUCAUUUCUUUCUUGUCAAGCUUUUGUUUUGGCGAAAUAGUGGCCACUUCGCCUGACUACCCGACUAUCAGUGGCGGCCAUGAUGGAGAGCGCUUGUUCGGCAAGAGCGCUAAAUUUCCGGUGAGAAUCGAGGCAGAUAUAAUUCUUGGAGGACUGUUUCCGAUUCAUAAUAAAAACGCAUCGCAACGCGGUCCUCCGAAAUGCGGAAGUUUAAACGCGGAAAGAGGUAUUCACCGAUUAGAAGCUAUGAUUUUCGCCCUCGAUCAAAUAAACAAAGACCCCAAUCUACUAUCGAAUAUAACACUGGGAAUGUCUGCUUACGACACUUGUGGAUGGUACACAAGGGCGCUAGAAGAGUCGCUCGAGUUUGUCAUGGAGUCACUGGAAAAUAAAGCCACUCCGACGAGUUGUGAAAACGCGGCGAAGAAAAACAGAUUAGUUGCAGUCGUCGGUGCGGCAUCUAGUGCCGUCUCUAUUCAAGUCGCGAACCUUUUACGUCUGUUCAAUUUGCCGCAAAUAAGCUACGCCUCCACCACGCCCGACCUCAGUGAUAAAUCGAAGUACGACUUUUUCGUGCGCACUGUCCCCCCGGAUAACUACCAGGCCCGCGCGAUGGUCGAUGUUGUGCGCGGAUUGAAGUGGACCUCCGUGUUUACUGUCAGUUCCGAGGGGAUUUAUGGAGAGCGGGGUAUCCGAGAGUUCACGGCUGGCGCAAAAGCGGCGAAUAUUUGCAUCGCGGGGUCCUUCAAGAUCGAAGGCGCAAGCGACGAGACACACAUCAAGGCGAUCAUCUCUGAAUUUCUUAGACACCCAAACGUCCGAGGAGUGGUCUUGUUCUGCACAGAUACCGACUCGAGAAGGCUUCUCGAAGGUGCGCAACGGAAGAAAGCAGCUGGUAGCUUCAUAUGGGUGGCGAGCGACUACUGGGGUACCAGGACGAAACCAAUUGAGGGACUGGAGGAAUACGCAGAAGGCGCCAUAACAGUUAGUCUAGCUGAGGCCCCUUCCCCAUCGUUCAAAACGUACUUCACUUCUCUAAAACCUGGAAACCGCAGUAGGAUUAAUCCUUGGUUUGACGAGUUUUGGGAGAAGCAGUUUCGCUGCAGCUUGAAGAAAAACAGAACUUCAUGUCCUAAGGAUGCUAGUCUCGUAAGCCACAAUCUACGUAUCGAUGACAAGGUACCCUUUGUCAUAGAUGCUGUAUACGCUGUUGCGCACGGCCUGGACAAGAUGUACAAGCGUCUCUGUCCUGAACAGAACGGUCUGUGUCCAGAAAUGAAGAAAACAUUUAAGGGCAAAUAUCUGCGAGAUCUUCUCUUCAACGUGACAUUCACUGGAGUUACUGGCCCGGUUAGCUUCGAUCAGAACGGCAAUGGCCCGGGCCGAUACGACAUUUAUCGUCUGGAGGGCGGGAAGUACACAAAGAUUGCUUCCUGGAAUGAGGAACUGUAUGACGCGACAAUGCUUUACCACGGAAGUAGAAACGGUACGAUUCCAUCAUCUCAUUGCGGGUCUCCAUGCUCUGUCGGUUUUCAAAAAAUGUUUGAUCGUGAGGGAUCGUGUUGCUGGACUUGUAAGCGUUGCCAGGAGAAUCAUUAUGUCGAAGAGGAAACAAACUGCAAACCUUGUAAUCAAGGACAACGCCCCAAUUCUGAGAUGAACGGCUGUGAAUCCCUUCCUAGACGAUACAUCGCCAAAAGCUGGCUAUUCAUGGUGAUGGUCUUUUCGGGCCUGGGCAUUGUGUGUACAAUAUUUAUUGGCACUUUAUUCUACGUCAACAAAGAGACCCCUCUCGUGAAGGCCUCAGGAAGAGAGCUCACUUGUGCGCUCCUGUUCGGCUUGUUGUUCUGUUACGUGUUUUCGUUCUUCCUACUGGCUGAGCCUUCGACUACCAUUUGCGCCAUCCAGCGGUUUGGUUUGGGGUUCUCCUUCAGUGUGUGCUAUGCGGCUAUUCUUAUCAGAACCAAUCGGAUUGCCAGAAUCUUCCAGAAAAGCAACCGCUCUACAAAACCGCCGCUUUUCAUCAAACCUGCAUCCCAAAUCGCCAUACUUGCAGUUUUUGUAAGCAUCGACGUCGUUGUCGCUGGCAUUGGUCUGGCAAGAUGGCCCCCAGAGACCGUCCUUGCGUAUCCCACAAACAAAGACGUUUUGCUCAUUUGCAACAUCCAGAAUUAUGAUCUGGUGUUUGCCUUAACGUACAACGUUUUAAUCAUCGUACUUUGUACAUUUUACGCGUUCAGAACGCGCAAAACACCUGAAAACUUCAACGAAGCGAGAUACAUUGGCUUCGCGAUGUACACCACUUGUAUAAUCUGGGUUGCGUUUCUUCCCGUGCAGAUCGGGGUCAGCAAGGACUAUGCCACCAUAACCCUUAGCAUAAACACGGCUUUAAAUGCCACAACUCUUCUGCUGUGCAUUUUUGGACCUAAAGUCUACAUCUUGGUUUUUAGGCCCACGAGAAACCUUCGAGGCAAGUCCUUAAACAGCUGGCGCUCCCAGGGCAAUGACUAUCAGCAGACACAAGGUCGAGCAAAGUCGGAGAGCCAAGUCACUGAUUUGAGUAUCAAGAGUAAUACAUCUGAACUGGGAAUUGAUAAUCCCACUCUACAAAAUGGGCAUACACAAAGCGAGGCUGCUCUGUAAGAAAGUACCGUGAACUCACCCCAUGAUACGAAAACAUUUUUAUUCUUGGCCCCAAACCCUUUAUUGAAAAGGGAGGAGGCAUGGGGUCAACAAUUUUCUCAGAAAAUUAAUGUAAGAACAAAAACUAUUGGUAGCAGUUAUUUGGAUAAGUUGGACUAGAUGGGGUAUAGUUCAGAGAGCAAAUGGGCCAGUCAGUGAUUUCAAUAUCAAUUGGAAAUUAUGAACAUGAUUAUUUUCUGAAUAGUACAACACAAGUCCAAGUACAACAUGUAAUAAAUUAGUUAUAUCACAACAAACUAAGAUUAAUAGGAAGUGCAAAUAUCUCUAAUUGGGAACCUGUACAUAAACACAUGCACUUCACGUGACAAACAGGAAUCAAUAGAUGGAUUUGGCUAACAUGUUCACUUCCUUGUUGCCAUCCAAUUCAGAUCAUCUGAUGGUUCAUUUGGGAGGUUACAAUUAAUUUAUUGCUCUGUUUGCACAUUCUCCCAUGCAAUCAGUUGCAUGUGGCAAAUUGCACAAUUGUAAUCUCCCAAACGAAUAAUCAUGUGAUCUGAAUUGGGUGACAACAAGGAUGUAAACAAGUUACCCAAAUGCGUCCAAUGAUUCCAAACAAUUAGUGGUAGGACGACUUGCAUUCCUAAAUACACUGUACACUACACAAUCAUACAGUCUUCUCUGAUGGAAGUUACAAUUGACACAAAACUAGUAAAAAUACUAUUCAUCAGCAGUUACAAUAAUUUAAAAUAAAAAAAUUGUUGAUGAAUAAAAUAGUUAUAUCAGUAUAUUUUAGAUAAAGUACUUUAAUAAAUUAAGAACUCCCCAAAUUUGUCAUUUAAGUUAUUGAAUAUGUUGUUAAAUGAUAUGUUUGCAUCGAAUCUCAUAGAGAAUUGUACAAGAAGAGUUUGUAUGUACAUGUAUUUAGAAGGUGCUGAAUACAGUAGUUUGGACAAGUCAAAUAUUUUGAUUCAUUAAAUAAUUACUUCUUAAAUUUGA